ACAGCGCUCACAGGUUCAUACCUCUGUGUCACCGUAACAUGUUCUGUACAUGCUGAGAGCCUUAGCAAAAGCCCAGUUGACAUCCACAGACUGCAGUGGCAGAAAGAGAGGUAGAAAGACAGAGAGGAAAGAAUUGCUGUCACAAGACUAACUGCCAUCAGGAGGAAUCACAGAGACAUUUCUAGGAUGAAGCCCAGGUGCCUCCUCUCCACGGUGGACAGACUUCCCACCAUCAACGAGAUGCAGGAGAGCAAUGCAGAGGAUGAAGACGAGGAUGAUUCCUCACACACCAUGGAGGAGUAUGUGGACUCCAUCAGAGAGCUCUCCCAGCCGGCUCCCUACCCUCUCCACGGGCCCCUCAGGGGUCACCGCCGCUGGAUGGUGCGCACAUGCCCCGGGGUAACACCUGUGGCUCCAUCUACCUACGCACCCUGGAUUCCAGUUGAACUCUCAGAUAUAUCACUUACUUUAACUGACCAAACAAACUGCGAUUCACCACUGUGUUUUAAACAGAACCUGCUGGACAUGUUGGUUGCACAAUCCCUGUUUGCAGGCCUGGUGUGAGCCAAAGGAAGGAUUAACGGGAAGAACAGACUGGAUUUACUCAGCUACCCCUGCAGCAUGCAUGCUUUGACAUCAGCUCCACGUUGCAUGAUUAAUUUAUGUGUAAGAAGUAAUUGAGUACAGCCACUUUCCAAAAGUGAUAUGUAUUUCCUUUGAAGUGCUAAAAGAGUGCAACACAUGAAACAAAAGAUGAAAAGGGAAAAAUAUCAAGGGCAGAACAAACAAAUGAGCAGCCUGAGGUGUGAGCAAACUAAGUGGUUGCGUAGGGGCCCUCAGCCACCAGGGGGGCCCCAAACAAACGGAAAAUGUCAACUCUCUUUGGGUUUUGGGUCCCGACGAUUUCAAUAUAUUUAAGGAUACACUCCCUGAUUUUUCCUACGAGACUCAUCUGAGGGCCCAAAUAUGGAAGAUGUAAAAUUACAUUAUAAAAGUUGGGUGGAGCCCCCAAAAUGAACUGAAAAUGUGAAAUCUCUUUGGGAUCUGGAUCUUCUUUUAAAUAUUUAAUAUAUUAGAUACUUUGCUUUCAGAUGCUGCUGAGAGACCAACACUGAGGCAGAUCUAAAAUGAGUAAAUUAAAUUAAGUAAAAAGGUGAAAUCACAUCCGUAUAUGUAAAUCCUUUUUAUGUCUGCAGUGUCAUAAGGAAAUUAAUUUUUGUUUAAUAAAUAGUUUUUAUUAUGACAUGACUUUUUCAUGCUGUAAUACCUAUACCUAUAACAAUGUGUAUUGUAUUUCACUUCAUUUCCUUUUGAUUUGUUUUAAUUUAGGCAUUUUAAACAUCUUGGGCUGGCCCUGGAGAUGAGAUGAAUGAAGCAAUAAAGCACAUUCAUGAUCCCUGCACUGUACAAAAGUUUCAGUUAUAUUCUGUGUCUUUAAAAAACAUUUUGUUCAAUAUUAAAUAAAACAAUUGUGAGAAAAACAUGACUCACGCUUCA